GGGGGUCACACCCCUCCCCCGCCCCCUUCCCCCCCCCCGGAUCGGGGCCACCUCCGGGGGGAUUGUCCCUAAUCCCGGCCACCCGCGACCCCCACCGGGAUUAGGGGGACACCUGGGGGGGGUCCCCAGAGGGACCCUGGGACAUGUAGUCCCCCCGGGGGGGGGCAGGGACCCCCCAAAUGUCACCCGGGACCACCCAAAAUCCCCCGGGACCCCCUAAAUGUCACCCGGGACCCUCCAAAUGUCCCCCGAGAUCCUCCAAAAUCCCCCGGGACCCCCCAAAUGUCCCCCAGGACCCCCCCCCCCCAUGUUCCCAAAGCCCUGCGGUGGCACCGGGGGGGGGCAGCGGGACCCCAAAAUCCAGGGGGGGGGGGAUUGGGGGGGCUCCGGAGGGGUUUGGGGGUACAGAGGGGAGAGUUUGGGGUGUUUUGGGCUAUGGGGGGGACUCGGGAGAAGUUUUGGGGUGGGGGCAAUGGGGGUCGGGAAGGUUUUGGGUUCAAAUUUGGGGUCCCGAGAACUUUUUUGGGGGGCACAGGACGGUCCCAGUAAAAAUUUGGCAAACCAGGGAGGUUUGGGGGUCCAAUUUGGGGUCCCAGGGAGGUUUUGGGGUCCCAAAUUGGGGUCUCAAAGAGCUUUUGGGGUCAAAUUUGUUGCCACAGAGUGGUACCAGGGAAUUUUGGGGUCCAGUUUGGGACCCCAGGGACCUUUUGGGGUCCAGUUUAGGAUCCCAAGGAGCUUUUUGGGGCCCAAUUUGGGCUCCCAGGCACUUCCCAGGCUCCAGUUUGGCCCCUCAGUACCCCCAAAACCCCCAACCCCCCGCAGCGCCCGGGGGUAUUUCAGGACCACCACCCCCCACCCCCUCCCCAUCGCACCAGCACCCAAUUAAGCCCUUUUAGGGGGGGGGGGGGGGCCUGAUACCCCCUGAUCCCCCACCCCAACCCUGCUAAUCAGGGCUCGGGGGCGAUUAAGACCCCCCGAAAGCCGCUUGCCGAGCGCCUAAGCCCGGCUUGGCCAGCGCCGGCUCCCGGAUGAGCCGGGCUCAGCCGCGCUUUACCUCCUGAGCCCCGAUUAUUGGGGGGGGGUCCCAUCCGCCCCCCGCCCUAUAAAAGAUCCGCCCCGUCGCCCCCCACCCGCCCGUCCGUCCGCGGUGUCGCCGUCACCGCCAGCAUGCAGAAGUCGCGGGAGAUGCGGGACGAGCUCCCCGAGGAUUUCUACAUCCCCAUGACCCUGGAGACCCCAAACCUGACGGCGCUGAGCCCCUUCCUGGUCCCCCAAACCCACCUGGGCAGCCCCGGCAUCUUCAAGGCCAUGGCGGCCUUCAUGUUCCUGCUGGUCGUCCUCGGCGUCCCCAUCAACGCGCUGACCGUGGUGUGCACGGCCAAGUACAAGAAGCUGAGGUCACACCUGAACUACAUCCUGGUCAACCUGGCGGUGGCCAACCUGCUGGUGGUGUGCGUGGGCUCCACCACGGCCUUCUACAGCUUCUCCCAGAUGUAUUUCGCCCUGGGGCCGCUGGCCUGCAAGAUCGAGGGGUUCGCCGCCACGCUGGGCGGGAUGGUGUCCCUGUGGUCGCUGGCCGUGGUGGCCUUCGAGCGGUUCCUGGUCAUCUGCAAGCCCCUGGGCAACUUCACCUUCCGGGGUAGCCACGCGGUGCUGGGCUGUGCCAUCACCUGGAUCUUCGGCCUCAUCGCCUCCGCGCCCCCCCUCUUCGGCUGGAGCAGGUACAUCCCCGAGGGGCUGCAGUGCUCGUGCGGCCCGGACUGGUACACGACGGAGAACAAAUGGAACAACGAGUCCUACGUGAUUUUCCUCUUCUGCUUCUGCUUCGGCUUCCCCCUGACCGUCAUCAUCUUCUCCUACGGGCGGCUGCUGCUCACCCUGCGCGCGGUGGCCAAGCAGCAGGAGCAGUCGGCCACCACGCAGAAGGCGGAGCGCGAGGUGACCAAGAUGGUGGUGGUGAUGGUGCUGGGCUUCCUGGUGUGCUGGCUGCCCUACUGCGCCUUCGCGCUCUGGGUGGUGACGCACCGGGGCCACCCCUUCGACGUGGGGCUGGCCUCCAUCCCCUCCGUCUUCUCCAAGGCCUCCACCGUCUACAACCCCAUCAUCUACGUCUUCAUGAACAAGCAGUUCCGCUCCUGCAUGCUCAAGCUCGUGUUCUGCGGCCGGAGCCCCUUCGGGGACGACGACGACGUGUCCGGCUCGUCCCAGGCCACGCAGGUGUCCUCGGUGUCCUCCAGCCAGGUGUCCCCGGCGUAGGGCCCGGCCCCACCGCGGGGCUGCCCCACGGCUCUGCCCCACGGCUCUGCCCCGCCAUGGGGCUGCCCCACAGAGGGCCCGACCCAGCCAGGGCUGCCCCACACCGGGCUCGGCCCUAUAUCAGGCUUGACCCUAUACCGAGCUCUGCCCCACAUUGAGCUCUGCCCCACACCGGGCUUGGCCCUAUAUCGAGCUCUGCCCCACACCGGGCUUGGCCCUAUAUCGAGCUCUGCCCCACAUUGAGCUCUGCCCCACUCCGGGCUUGGCCCUAUAUCGAGCUCUGCCCCACACCGGGCUUGGCCCUAUAUCGAGCUCUGCCCCACAUUGAGCUCUGCCCCACACCAGGCUCGGCCCUAUAUCGAGCUCUGCCCCACACCGGCCUCAGCCCUAUAUGGGGUUCGGCCCUAUAUUGAGCUCUGCCCCACAUCGGGCUCUGCCCCAUAUCAAGUUUGGCCCUAUAUCGGGCUCUGCCCUAUAUCAGGCUCUGCCCCACAUCGAGCUCUGCCCCACACUGGGCUCUGCCCUAUAUCAGGCUCUGCCCCACGUUGAGCUCUGCCCCAUAUCGGGCUCGGCCCUAUAUCAGGCUCUGCCCCACAUCGAGUUCUGCCCCACACUGGGCUCUGCCCUAUAUCAGGCUCUGCCCCACAUCGAGCUCUGCCCCACACUGGGCUCUGCCCUACAUCGGGCUCAGUCUCACGGUUCUGCCCUAUGGAGGGCUCUGCCCCAUAUCGGGCUCUACCCUAUAGCGGCUCUGCCCCAUGGCAGCUCUGCCCCACACCGGGCUUUGCCCCACAUCGCUCUCAGCCCCACAGCAGCUCUGCCCCCCCCGCUAUGGGGCAGCCCCACGGCUCCGUUGUACAUAACCCCCCCCCAUUAAACACUGGAGACGCA